AAACACAGCAAGUAAAAAAGGAAAAAGUUUUUUUAAAGGAACAUUUUUUUCUAUAUGAAAUAUUAGAAUGUUCUCCUCAGAAGUUCUUUGAAUUCUUUAAGGGUCUUCUUGCUGUCUGCUACACACAGGUGUGAGUUUUCCAUUGUGCUUCAGAAUGGAGAAUAGGACACCCAAGCUCAUAGUCUGGUGUGCAUGCCAUGGGACUGCUAUUUACCAUGAAGCUGCAUGAAGAAUCCAGUUAAAUACUUGAGGACUGAGGCAGAAGGAAGAUGCUAUUGAGGAGCUCAGCAGGAUUCAUACUGCUCUUGCUCUCUCAAUGCUCUGUGACCCUGGGCACCAAAGAGACAGUGGUCCUGGCUAAUGCUCACCUUCUUCCCCAAGGAGACUAUGAGAGACUGGGAAAUGCCAAUGAAAAAGACUAUCCAAGGGAUUGUUUUGAUAUUUUACAACGCUCCAAAGGAAAUUCCAGAGAUGGCCUUUACAUCAUCCAACCAAAAGAGGAACCAAUUGUUGUCUUUUGUAACAUGCAGGAUGGUGGCUGGACAGUAAUCCAGCACAUUACAGUCAACAGUACUGUCGACUUUGACAGGACCUGGCAGGACUACAAAUAUGGAUUUGGCUCUGUUCAUGAGAACCACUGGUUAGGAAAUGAAUACAUGCAUCAGCUAACUGGCAGCUCAGUGCAAUAUAUACUUGGAAUUAAACUUGUAAAUCUAAAUGCUGAAGUCAAAUGGGGACAGUAUGAGCCAUUCCUGAUCGAGGGGGAAGAGUCCCAGUACCGAAUCAGGGUUGGUCUGUACAAAGGCAACGCCACUGAUGCGCUGACCCUGGACACAGAAGCCUAUCUCCAUGACAACCAGAAGUUCACCACCAAGGACCGAGACAACGACAAUUACUUUAUGAAUUGUGCCAAACUGGAACUGAACGGGAUUCCUGGGGGAGGCUGGUGGUAUGAUGCGUGUGCUGGAGCAAAUCUAAACCGCAGGAAUGUGAUAUACUGGCAAAAAGACUGCAACAAGCAACGCCCCUGCAAGUUUGCAUGGAUGAUGAUCAAACCCAUUGAGCACCACCAGCCAUACCCUGCCAAGGCCUGCCCCUGUCAGAAGGUUGAACUGUAGACAAGCGAUGCCUAUUCGACAGGAACAUGGAUUUUUUCUCAAGUGACUGAAGUGAACUCACUGACUGAGUAAUAACCCUAAGUAACCAUGACUGAAAAUUUAAACUGGCCUCUGCAAGGGCUUUAUGAUGACAAAAUAUCCAGGACUGGAACACGUCACAGAAAUUUACCAACCACACAAGUGAGAAACUGUCAGAAAUGGAGGCCAUUACCACAAGAUUUAAGUAACCAGAAGAUUUAAAUAAUUCAUUUUAUACUAUUUUAGCAAUAAGACAAGGCCAGUAUGAAAUCCAGGAUAUGAUGUCUUGUACAAUAUAUACAUGAAUAAAAAUGCAUUUCAGAAGGUUUUGCUCUGGUGUCAAUGUUCAUGAUUGACUGCACAUCUAUAAUUGCACAUCUAAAAUCUUCAUAUAUCAUGCAGAGAGGAUAUUUCCAGUUAUAUACCUACAUUUACAAAACGCAUACCACAGGGCUCCAACAGGCCUUUUCUUUUUAACUUUAGUGAAUGGUAUUUUAAUAUUAAAAAUUGGAAUUAACCUCAUCUCCCAUGGCUUCUUCCCACCUUCAAUGACUCUUCUUUUAUCUCUAAUUUUUAAUGAUCCCAUAUACAGUGAAAUAUUCAGCACAGACUUUUCUGCCUUCAUUUUAGAGCAGUCAACACUAAUGAGAUUGUCAGCUUUCCCACCUAAAGCCACUGAUCCAAAGCUUACAAGCCCUCUGAAUUUUUCCCCCAAGAAACUCAGUGAAUACAUUUUUUAAAAGAUCAAAUUGAUAUUGCAAUCGUUUGUUUAUUUAUUCCUCCAUUUUCCCCCUGAAGAUUAUUCCACUUUAUUUACCAUUAUUUGACUGUUACUUCUCCCUGUUCCAUGCUGCGCUUCAUCUUUUUCUUUUUUUAAUACCACUGUCAGAAAAGAAGAGAAUGUUGUCUUUCUUUCACAUUUAAUAGUUUCAAUUGGCAUCAAUUAAACAGUGC